UGUGUGAAGCUAGCGGCGGCCAUGUUGGGAACGGAGGUGGACGUAUCGCUAUUAUAGCAAUGCCCACUACCUGUGCAGCCUUUGGGUGUUCCAACAACUCUAGGGUCAACCAGGUUACCUUUCAUAGAUUUCCUUCUAACCCAGAAAGAAGAAAACAGUGGCUUAACCUUGUGAACAGAGAAAACUUCACCCCAAGCCUGCAUACCUUUUUAUGUUCUAAACAUUUUGAAGAGUCGUGUUUUGACAGAACAGGGCAAACUGUGCGGUUAAGAACGAAUGCAGUGCCUACCAUAUUCAUCUAUCCAGAGCAUAUGGUGGAAAAGAUAGCUCUUACACAAGUGACCGUUACAAAGCCAGGUGAGAAUCCUCCCUCUGGAUCUACAACAGAUAUACAGAAAAACUCCACCUCUUAUGGUGACCACAGUUACUGCCUACCGAGACCUGCUGAAAUUAAAAGAAAAAUUUGGGACCUUGAAAGGAAAUUAGAAAUUGCUCACAAGAAGAUAAAGAUCUAUCAGCAAAGAGAACGGAGAGGCAGGAGGAAAUGUUUGACAGAAAACUUCACAGAUCCAGUUCUGGACCAGACACCUGAGCAGGACAUAGGGCAGCACAAAGACAAUAUGGUCCCAGAUCCAAAGCCACACAAAACUGUGGUGGUAAUAUGAGAGCUGCUGUUUACCGACUGAUGUACAAUAUUGCACAACACAUGGCUGAAUUACUAAUAUGUGGAACUUUCUAGACGUGUUAGAAUCAGAACUUAGUGGUAUGUUCUGCUGGGGAUUUCCAGCAGUCCUGUCCUCAAACAUGACCUUCCAAAGUUCACACACUCUGUAGUAAGCUGGCUUGACAAUAACUGGAGUGUGCAGAGAUCAAGACUGAUUAAUAAGAUGUUGGGGGUUAUGCCUCAGCUUUGACUUUCAU